GCGAAGGAAGGCUUUGUGGACUUCUCUGUUCGUAGGAAAGUGAUUGGGAAGGACGUGAAGGUGAAUGAAACUUGUGGCUUGAUUUCCAUUGUAGAAGUUAAAAAAAUGGAAGUCUUGUGGAUCUAUUCGAGUCAUGAAGACACGCUUCAAUCGCAUCGUGAUGAAAGAUCCCGGAUUUAGAUUUUAUUUACAAUAAAACAGAGAUUUUACAUAUCUCUGUUUGGGGAUUUCAAAGAUCUCCAAUGUUGGGAGGAGAGGACAGUGAGCAGAAUCGCCUGCUGGGGGAAUCGACAUUCAACGGUAACGCUGCAGAAGACAGAAAGGGCGACGUGGAAGCUCCAGAUCGAGGGGGAGGGGGAUCACCAUUCAAGGGUUUUCUGCAGAAAUUGGAUAGGGAAUUCUCUGGUCGCAGGCACAGCUUCAAGCGAGAUCAGAGGGAAAAUAGAGAAAGAAGAGAUGAGUCUCACUCUCACUCGCAUCAUCAUCAUCAUCAUGUAUUGGAUCUUCAUGUCGAUUCUGAUGAUGCUCUUGGCGACAGUGCCCCUCCUGAAUGGGCAUUACUUCUCAUUGGCUGUCUUCUUGGUCUCGCUACAGGUCUCUGCGUCGCCGUUUUCAACAAAGGAGUGCAUCUCAUUCAUGAAUGGGCCUGGGCUGGUACUCCAACUGAGGGUGCUGCUUGGCUUCGAUUGCAGAGAUUGGCUGAUACUUGGCAUCGAAUUCUUUUGAUUCCUGUCACCGGCGGAGUCAUUGUUGGCUUGAUGCACGGUUUUCUCGAAAUUUUGGAUCAAAUCAAGCAGUCCAGUUCUUCUCAAAGACAGGGUUUUGAUUUGCUUGCUGGGUUUUUUCCUACAAUAAAGGCUAUUCAGGCUGCAAUUACUUUAGGUACUGGUGGUUCUUUGGGUCCUGAAGGCCCUAGUGUAGACAUCGGAAAGUCAUGUGCUAAUGGAUUCUCCUUAAUGAUGGAAAAUAACAGAGAAAGAAUGAUAGCCCUCGUUGCAGCAGGAGCAGCAGCUGGGAUUUCUUCAGGCUUCAAUGCGGCAGUUGCUGGUUGUUUCUUUGCUAUUGAAACAGUGUUAAGACCUCUCCGUGCAGAGAAUUCUCCCCCAUUUACAACUGCCAUGAUUAUACUGGCUUCUGUCAUCUCAUCGACUGUUUCAAAUGUUUUACUUGGAACCCAGUCGGCUUUUACAGUGCCUGCUUAUGAUUUGAAAUCUGCUGCAGAACUACCUUUAUACCUGAUAUUGGGCAUGCUAUGUGGUGUUGUAAGUGUGGCCUUUACUCGAUUGGUUGUUUGGUUGACAAUCUUUGAGGUCCUUAAGGAGAAAUUUGGCCUUCCUACUGUGGUUUGCCCUGCUUUAGGUGGUCUAGGAGCUGGGGCUAUAGCUCUUAAAUACCCUGGAAUACUGUACUGGGGAUUUACAAAUGUAGAAGAAAUUUUACAUACUGGGAAAAGUGCUUCAGCUCCUGGAAUAUGGCUGCUGACUCAAUUAGCCGCUGCCAAGGUUAUUGCCACAGCUCUUUGCAAGGGGUCUGGGCUUGUGGGUGGUCUUUAUGCGCCAAGUUUAAUGAUUGGUGCUGCUGUUGGUGCUGUUUUUGGAGGCUCUGCUGCUGAGCUUAUCAAUUCAGCCAUUCCUGGAAAUGCUGCUGUUGCCCAACCCCAGGCAUAUGCACUGGUUGGAAUGGCUGCUACACUAGCAUCAGUUUGCUCAGUACCAUUGACUUCAGUUCUACUUCUUUUUGAGCUGACAAAAGAUUAUAGAAUAUUACUUCCUCUCAUGGGUGCUGUUGGGUUGGCAAUAUGGGUUCCUUCAGUGACAAACCAGGUGAAGGAUAAUGAUGCACCUGAUUCAAGAAGCUUAGCAAGAGGAUAUUCUUCCCUUGCGCCUGAAGAAAAUGGAGGGAACUGGAGACAAACCAAUGGAGAUGGUUUAGAACUCUCUGUUGUAGGAAAUGUUGCUGAUCUUGAAGCAAUUGAUGAGGAGCUUCUUCUAGAAAAUCUUAAGGUUUCCCUGGCCAUGUCAAAAAACUAUCUGAAGGUCUCACCGGCGAUGACACUGAAAGAAGCAACCAAGUUAAUGGAUAAUGGCCAGCAGAAUUGUGCUGUGGUUGAUGAUGAAGAUUUUCUAGAAGGAAUUUUGACAUAUGGUGACAUUAAAAGGUUUCUGUCCAGGAAAACUAGUGAUACUUCUAAGAGUGAUUCAGGGCUUCUGGAGGCAAGCAUGUGUCUUGUUUCUUCUGCCUGUACUCGAGGGAUUAGCUAUCGUGGAAAAGAACGUGGACUUUUAACCUGUUACCCUGAUUCCAGCUUGGCUAUGGCCAAGGAUUUGAUGGAAGCCAAGGGUAUUCAGCAGUUGCCCGUGGUUUCAGCGGGUAGAGAGAAGAAGCGAACAAUUGUUGCUCUUCUCCAUUAUAACUCGCUUUGGAACUGUCUCAGGAAUGAAAUUAGUAACCGGAAGACACUGUUUCAAAGUAGGACAGAAAACAGUUCGGAUGUGAUAACUGCAAAUGGACAUUAACUCUGGGAAGAGUAUGGAUGAUGUGGUGCAUUAGGUUCAUGUAAGAGUUUCUUUGGUCACCCAUAAGAAAGAGAUUGUUCAAAGAGAGUAUAAUUUGUAGCAGCCCAGUUCUACGGAAGUAUAGUUGAAAGUGUGACCGCUGCACCACGACGUGGUUCAUAUUUUGGCACCUCAAAGUUAGGUGAUACUUCCAAUACGAGUUCAAAUUUUCAGCCGUCUCAAGAUUGGCAGUUUGCAACAAUAACAAGUCAAUAUUAUCAUUCCUGUUUCAUUGAUACCCGAGAUUCUUUUGUAAAAUUUAGCACAUAGCAAAACUUGUAAAUUAAAUGUACGAGAGGCAAGUCACUAAUGAAUUACACUCUGAAAAAGACUGGGAUUCUUAUACCCAUAAAUUGAAGUCCUUUAGCUUGAUGACUUGAUCAGUGCGUGCGUAGGCCUCUGGUUUCGUUAUUAUUUCUUAUUGCAUCUUCUUUACCCUAACAGUUUAUUCUUCUGCAUAUGUACUAUUCUUUGGUUUUAAUGGGAUUUAGGGACUUGAUCUUGGGAUU